CCUAACCUAACCUGUAUUACCAGUCUGCCUCUGGAGGAAGAAGAAAACAGCCAGUUGACUCUGACAGUCAGCAGUAAUGUAUGUGGACAUUUGAGUCUCAGGUAGUAAUUGUAAAAGAUAAUGAAUUACCUGGAUAAACCAUGAAUUACCUGGAGAAAACCAUGAAGGAAGGCAACACAGAGGAGGACAUUGAGUCCCUCAUUGAUGGCAUGGCGUACAUCCCAGGUCACUUCCACCUGGACCUCAACCUGAACCAUGAGCCCAGCGGGCCGGGUGAGCUGCGGAGGAGGGACACCCAGCUGAAAGUGGACUCUCUGGGGGCUGAGCUGGAGGCAGAAGUUGGGUACCUCCAGUAUGGUGUCCGUAACCUCCUGGGUCUCCUGGCUUUCCACCUGGACCAGCUGGAGCAGGCCGAGGAGACCUUCAUGAGUAUCUGUAAAGAAGACCCGGGGAACCUGAACGCUUGGGCCAACCUUGGCUACGUGUACGACCGCCUCCAGAGGGAGCUGGACGCAGGGGAGUGUGUGGAGAAGUUGUCCCAGCUCAUGGGUCUGGAGGCUGGGCAGGCAGGUCAGGCAGAGUCCAGGCUUUCUGCAGCCCGGUGCCUGGCAGAGCAGGCCUAUGCUCAUCCUUAUGAUAUAGAGCUUGACAGAGAGGAAGACCGGAGGGAAAGACUGACUGCUUCUCUGACCCUGUACAACAGAGCUCUGGACUAUGGGGGAGAGCUGAUACCAACAGAAGAAAAGAGAAGCUGGUAUUUCAAAAUGGCAACAAUCUAUAUUAGACUAGAUGAUAUUGUAAAGAACAAGGAGGACUCGGACUACUCCAGACUGUUUCACUACAACAAGGGACUGAAACUGCUCACAGAGACCCUGAGGUCAGAGAAAACACAUCACCAAGCACUAUCCUGGUGCUACAUAGGCAUCAUGUUAGAGAGGAAAGAAGAAUUCUCCACUGUGCCCAUGUCUGUACAUGACUGUGGCUACUCUGAUUCUGACCCCCUGUCCUGCUUCGGAACUGCCAUAAAACUAGCUGCAGACGAUGUGUUCAUCCUGAACCAGCUGGCCACGGUGUUCUAUUUGCUGGGAAAACAUGAGAUGUCCACAGGGAUCUGUAACAUGGCCCUCAAUGUGCUGCCUGACCCUGAACUCAACUGGCAGGCCUACUGCACCCGUGCCAAGAUCAAUGUGAUGGCAUAUGUGAGGGAUCUUGAGAGGGCUAAACAGGGACAGGGUGGGCUCCCUGACAGACACAGCCUGACUGAGGCCAAGGCAGACCUGGAGAAGGUGCUGAGUGUUCGCCCCUGUUUACGCACACACCUGGAGAUGGGACAGGUGUAUUACUACAUGGGUGUGGAUGCCCUUCAGGAGAGCCUGCUUGUGGAUGAGGGGGCAUUAAACAGAGCCCUGGUGUCCCUCUCUCAAGCCCUGCAGUGUGACCCGGGGGACAGCCUCCCAGAUCUCCACCUCCUCCGGGGGCGCUGUCUGCUGCUGAAGGGCGAGGAACAGAACGCAGCCGACUGCUUCAAGAGGGCCCUGGAUCUGGAGCGUCCUGGCAGCAGGGACACCAUGGCUCUACGCUGCCUCCUGGAGGCCCUGCUGGGGCUAUUCACUCAGAGUGGCUCUGACCCCGGCCCUGCCCUCACCCAGCUGGAGGUGUGGGUACGGAGAGCCCAGGAGAGGUACCCAGAGGACGCGGUGCAGGCUGAGCUGAGAAGCCUGUGCAGGGCACACACCGGGGAGGUGACCGAGCUCUCCAGGGCUCUGAUCAGCAGGGGCAGGCUAGAGCUGGUCAGGAGGCUUCUGAAGACUGUGCAACCCAACCAGCCAGCCAGGAAGAGACCACUGGCCAAGUCUAUGUCCAUGUGAGCGGUGUCUAAUGUUAGAGAACUAGCAAAGGACAAGCACUGAUUGAACAGCCGGGUUCCUUUUCUUUAGUGUUCCCAAUAUGACAGGAAGAGUGUUAUUUUACUGUUUCUUCGUUCCAAUGAGGAGCUUGCCAUGUGGCAAAAUACUUUACUAAUCAUGCAAUGUUCUAAAGUGAAAUGGUAAAAUACAUCUGUGCACAACUGCUUUUUUGGAAUCCCUGUUUCUGCCUAUUUUGUCUUGCUUGAAUCAACUCAAACUGAAUGUGCAUCAGUCAUUCCAAGGAGUUUAUAUAAGACAAAUAAACUGCUGAUCUGAGACAUUCAGGAAGCAAUGAGGACACACCUAACAUUUUAAUGAUGAACCAUACCUUCCCAACAAUGGUGAUAAAUCUAAAGUUGUUUCCCAAACUCUGUGCACAUCUCAUUUUUGCCCUAGCACUACACAGCAGAUACAAAUAAUGUAAGUUUGAUGAUUAGUUGAUUACGCUGAGUAGUGCAAAAACAAAAACAAAACAAAAAAUGCACCCUUUGGGGUCCCAAGGACCUAGUUUGGGAAACACUGUUCUAAAGCUUAUUGGUUUAACCUGUCCCAGGUAUUUUCUACAGACCCGAAAAUAAAGAGUAUUUUAAUAAA